AGCGACAAAAUGCCUAUAGGUGGAAUCAUAAAGGGAAUAGGAGACCUAGAUAUAGAAGGAAAAAUUCUAAUGAGGACAAGGAGGGAGAAAGAGCUACAAGCAGUAGUGAUUUUUUGUCCACGGAAGGGAGCGACACGGACGGAGGAGGACCAGACGGGGGAAACGGAAUAAUAAAAAGAGGGGGCCCGAGAGUAGGGGGCCCACCCCCCAACCUCCGCAGGAGGAAACACAAGUGAUCGGUCCAACAAUCUCCUCGCCAGUAUUUGAGCCCAAUACUGGUGAGGCCAGAGGGAUGGAGGUCUCCAACAAGGAACUACAGAUAGUUAACCUUUCCAAUCAUGUGUUAACGGAUGCAGAAAUAUCGGUAUUAAAACGCGGGCUCUCCUUUUCCCCUAUGUACAGGAUCAACCACUUUGAAUUGACCAAAGAUCUAUAUCUUUUUUGUAGGAAACUAACCCUCAAAAUGAUACAUUCUCAACCAUCAGCACUUAAUGACUUGGAGACAGAUGACCAGGAUGUCCUGCGGAAUCUCAUGGAACUACUGAAUGAAAAUGAGGUAAGGAAUCAAGAUGACCGUUGUCCUUGCUAUGUACCCUCAAAGACUGCACCACCAUUGUCCCUAUUCCCAGCUAUUCAAGUCUUCUUCAAUACUGUAAGAGAACAUAUUCAGGGACUACCAAAAAAUUCUCUUAUAGGCCAAAACCUCUCUGGGGAAGAACGAUUGGCAUUGAACAACCUACAGAAAAACGAUAAAUUCUUGAUAAAAGAAGCGGACAAGGGAGGAAAUGUUGUGUUGUGGCCGGUUGAACAGUACAUGAAGGAAGCACAGCGUCAGUUGGAUAAUAAACAAUACUACCAGAAGUUACCUAUGGACCCUACUGAGGUCUUCAAGCGGAAAUUAUCGCACCUGCUCGACACAGCAAGGGAAGCAGGAACCAUAUCCAAGAGAGAACAUGAUUUUAUGCAGUUGAAUUUUUGGACCUCCGGAUUACGAAAAAGGAUGACUGCCUGAUGACGAAACUAUACAGAAAGGAAACAGCUACGAACAGUUUGCUUCACUAUGCAUCUUUCCACCCAGAACAUACACGACGAGGGAUUCCAGUGGGGCAGUUUUUGAGGGUGAAGCGCAAUUGCACGGAAAACCCAGAU